GACGCGCAUGAUUGCUGGGGGCAAUAAAACGCACAUACCAGUAGGGAGACACGGGGGCCAAUUAGGCUUGGCGAAGCUCCUUCAGGCGGCAACCAGGCACGUGCCAGGAUACCCCUUACAAAAAUGUACUGUACAGCGUGUACUCCGUACUGCGAAUCCGUUACGCAGGGCUGAUGGAUAUUGCUUGACACACUUGCGACAGCUCCUACCGCGCCUCUAUAUUCACUAACCACCAAUUCAAAUGUUUCGAAGCAUAUUCAAGGCCAUAAGGCGGCGGUGACUGGUUGCAAUGGCCAACCCCUUCGGAUUGGGAGGGCUACCCUCAGGGGAAACCCGGGCCUCGUUCUCGAGAUUCUGGCAUAGGUCCUACGCAUCGGAUUACCUUGGCUUCACAGUCAUCCUGACAGGCUAUUUCCUCGUCCAAUUCCUGGCCGAGCCGUUCCACCGCAUGUUCGCGAUUAAUGACUUGCGUAUAUCUUUUCCCCAUGCUGAGGUUGAAAGAGUACCGCUUGCGCUCGAUUUCGUCUACGCCGUCUUCAUCCCCCUCUUCCUCAUCAUAGCCUACAACUUGACGACGGGGGCGUCCCCCCAUAAACACCACGUCACCUACCUCGGCCUGGUCAUCGCCCUCGUCCUCACCGCCUUCCUGACCGACCUCGUCAAGAACCUCGUCGGCCGACCCCGCCCCGACCUCAUAGCCCGCUGCAAGCCCGCGGCAGGCACGCCUCACGACGUCCUCGUCACCAUCUCCGUCUGCACCGAGACGGCGCACCACACGCUGCACGACGGGUGGCGCUCCUUCCCGUCGGGCCACUCGUCCUUCGCCUUCGCCGGCCUGGGGCACAUGACGCUGUUCCUGGUCGGGCAGACGCGCAUCUUCGCCCACGCGCGCUCCGGCGCCGGCGCCGGGGCCGCCGAGAAGGUCGUCCGCGGCGACCUGGGCAGGGCCUUGCUGUGCCUGGCGCCGCUGCUGGUCGCCACGUGGAUCGCCAUCAGCCGGUGCCAGGACUACCGGCACGACGUGUACGACGUGUGCGUCGGCUCGCUGCUCGGCUGGACGGUCACGUACUGGAGCUACAGGCGGUACUGGCCGCGCGUCAGCAGCUCUCGAUGCGACGAGCCGCACCCCGGGCCGCCGAGCGGCGACGAUGAUGCUGGUCGGUACGGUCGCCUGAGGGAUGAGGAGGUGGGACUGGGUCAGAAUGUAGGGCUUGAAUUGCGUCCAUUAUCUCAACGUUGACGCGACAAGAUACUGAUCACUUGUGCUCUCUAGACGGACUAAUAAUUUUUCUCCAAAUCAUAUCGUCAAGUUGACUAUCAUAUACCAUAAUUAUACGGCCGCAGAGCAGUGGUAUCAUGGAUGUCUUCUCUUGGGAAAUGGCAUGCAGGCCUGAUUGCCAUAUUUGGCCAUUCAUUGUAUUAGUACACAUGACACUCAAAGGUCAUCGCCUUCGCCCCAUCUAUCUCUGCCUUCCCGAUCUAUUUAUCCUCUGCG